UAUCCGGUGUCGACCGGAAAAAGUUAAAAAGUCGAUAGCAGUUAGCUGCGUGUAAUUUAUUUGAUAUUAGAGACACUGAAACCCAAAAUGUCGUCGCAAACAAUAACUGUCACAGUCGCAUACGGAUCGACUAAACACAGCAUCACACUGUCAAGCCAAGACGAGGGAAAGGGAUCCACCAUUAAAGACCUGUCAGAUGCUGUUUGUCAAGCAACUGGUGUCCCACCUGCUUCACAGAAACUCAUCUUUAAAGGAAAGUCUCUGAAAGAUAUGGAGGAAAGUCUCUCCAGCUAUGGUGUAAAAAACGGCUGCAAACUCAUGAUGAUUGGAAAGCGGAACAGCCCAGAGGAGGAAGCUGAGCUGAAGAAGCUGAAAGAAAUAGAAAAAUCUGUGGAACAGACGGCUAAAAAGCUAGAGAACGUAGACGGGGAGUUAACUGGACUAAAGAAUGGCUUCCUGGCCAAAGACCUUCAGGCAGAGGCGUUGAAUAAAUUAGACCAUAGAGUAAAAAUAGCAGCUGAGCAAUUCAUGAAGAUCCUGGAGCAGAUAGACGCCAUGAAUAUCCCGGAAAAUUUUAUCGACUGCAAAACAAAGAAAAAGGGACUUGUAAAAACAGUGCAGGAUUUCCUUGCCCAGUGCGACAGGAUCGAGGCUUGUAUAUCAGACCACCUAUCAAAGAUUCAGUCGAAGAGCCUGGCUCUGGCAGAGUAGAGAAGUCUCACGAUGUUGUGUUGUACUGUAUGUUGCUCUGUGAGCAACGCCAACGUGAACAGAGAGCUUCAAGAAGCAGAUCCUGGUUUAUUUAUUGUGGGUGUGAUGUGGCGAGAAACUUCAUAACAAAGACACAAAAACCGAUUCCCUGAGUUGAAGACAAAUAUGAAGCGCUGUCUAAACCUAUAAAGCCACAUGUGUGAUUGUGUCAGCACUAUAAAAUUAUGUUGCUCCAACAAAAUGACCAGACGUAAUCAAUCACAUCAGAUUCCAUACUAUAGUAGCAUCCUAUUUUGUAUCAACUACAGCGUGUGGCCAAACGUAUAUGAAUGAACACCCUGCCAAUGUGUUGCUACAAAAUCAUAGGCACUUGUUUAGAAUUUCAUUAAGUUCUGCAGGGCUUCAUUCACAUUCUGCAACAAGAGCGUUGCUAUUUAUUGUUCAUUAUACUUAUUCCAUUAGCUUUAGAUGGAUCAACUUAAGAAUCAUGCAUUUCAGGCAACAGUACUUUGGAAGAUUACAAAAAAGUCUGGAUUCUUGGAAGCAAAAUAUGAAGAAAUUAGGGGUGGUUUCAAAUGUGUUAUCAUUUAUUCAUAUUGUUACUCUAAAGCCACGUUACCGGAGCAGAACCAUUAUUGUGGCUGCUGCUUGCAUAGUCCAGAGUCACUUCAGUCCAAUGUGCUCCUGGUUCUCUGCAGGACAGUCAGGUUCACUGAAACCAGGAUUAUGAGUAAGGAUGUGAAUAACUUUGACUAAAUUACUGUCGGGAUUUAAACAGAAUGAAACUAGUUCCAAAGCGUCUUUGUGUUGAUCCUGAUCUGUGU